CUGGCUCUGUGUGGGACAACGACCGCCACCGUGGAAGAAAACGGCAGCUCAUGGCACCUGGCCUACACAAAUUCGGGCUACGGCCCCUCUCCAGCAUCACCCGAACACUUGUGCAAGGCCUGUGGAGACCAGUUUGACAUUGCAAGAAGGCAUGUAUGUGUAGACUGCAGAAAGCACUUCUGCGAACGAUGCUGGGUGCAGCCGGAGCUCAGGCCUGGUCUGUGCCUCACGUGUCGGCGAUUUGUGGGUACGCGGUUCGAGCGGAGCGAACUGAUGCGCCUGAAAGUGAAGGAGCUACGCGACUACCUGCACCUGCAUGACACUCCCACACACAUGUGCCGUGAGAAGGAGGAGCUGGUGGAGCUCGUGCUGGAUCAACACACACCCAGCAGCAGCAGCAGUAGCAGUAAUGGUAGCAGUAACUCCGUCCCCCAGCCAGCUGCUCCAGACAUCUCACAAUCCCAAGAACAUCCCUCUCAAGUGGCUGAGGAAACAGAGUCCCUUACAGAGGGGGAGGAGGAUGAAGGGGAGGAUGAGGAUGAAGAAGAUGAUGAUGAUGACGAUGAGUCCUCAGAUAGUGAAGAGACGCAGGUACACAGUCGCAGAGCAUCUCUGUCCGAUCUGACAAGCGUGGAGGACAUCGAGGGCCUCAGCGUACGCCAGCUGAAGGAAAUCCUGUCACGCAAUUUUGUCAACUAUCAGGGCUGCUGUGAGAAGUGGGAGCUGAUGGAGAGGGUCACCCGGCUCUUCAGUGACCAGAAAGACCUGCACAACCUGGUUUCAAACACUACAAAGGAAUCAGAUUCAGCAGAGCCAGCCGAGCCCAGCGGGCAGGAAGAGAACCUGUGUAAGAUCUGCAUGGACUCACCUAUCGACUGUGUGCUGCUGGAAUGCGGUCACAUGGUCACCUGUAGCAAGUGCGGGGGCCGCAUGAGUGAGUGUCCCAUUUGCAGACAGUACGUGGUACGCGCCGUGCACGUUUUUAGAUCCUGAUGAAGGACCACGAGAAGCCUGUAGUUUACUCCUUUAAUAUCCACACACAUUCCAUCCACUGUUCCUGAACAGUUUCUAAAGGUGUGACGU